CACCAAACUUAAUUCAAGUCCUUUUCAAAAAUUUAAUUUGUGGAAUAAAAUUCAUAAAAAGUGAUAAUAUCCAAUAUAUGGAUACUUUAAAAAUUAAAUAUUAAUUAAAAAUAUUUAAAUUAUUCGGGUUCGAAAUGACCGUAAAUACAGUAAUUUUGUAUAAUCAAUUCGUAAUUUUGACAUUCUGAAUAGCCAUCACAUCACAAUCAUAUAGAGCUACAUCAUCCUUCAAAGUUUAUCAGAUAAUUUUCGAAAAAAAAAUCAAGAAAAACAGAAGAAUAAUUUUCCCAUUUAUUCAACUGAUAAAGAUGUCUUCGGCUGUUGAUAUACAAAUUGUUAGUCCCCCAAAUUUAGCAAGAAUUGAAAGUUAUCUGAAUGAUUAUACAUACCGGGAACAAAUAGAAUUUAGUGCAAAUUUUAAUAAGAGAUUAAUGUAUGAAAGAAAAAGUAGACAGCCAUUCCUUGAUACGCAGACGGGUGUUGCACAAAAUAAUACACAAUUAAUGAAUAAAAGAAAUCGAAUGCCUGGUUUCAAACAAGGUCAAGUAUACACAUAUUGUUCAGCUAGAUGGAGAAAAAGUCGUCGUCAAUAUUUGACAAAAUCAAUAAGCAAUAGUUAUACGCGUUAUUGCUAUGAUAGACCAUUUCAAACACAAAAAAAAGAAUUAGUUCCAGUAGAUGAAACAACAGUUAAUUCUGAUUUAAAUGGAACAAUAUUAGAUGAAUCAUCAUCAUUAGGUAUUGGUGGUGAUACAUCAGAUAGUAAAGAUAGCCAAAAUCAACAACAGCAAUUAAAAGAUGAUUUACCAAAAGAAUGGUUUUAUGAUGAUAUAGAAUUAAAUGAUAUUGAUCCAAUAGAAGAACCAAAAUCACCAGCUGAUGAUGAAUAUGAUUAUGAUCCGCGUUAUGGUAAUAAAAAAAGAAAAAAAAGACGUCCCGGUAAGAGAGCAUCUAUAUUACCGCCAGAAAAUAAAAAAAGUAAAAGUACGGGCGCAAGUGGUACUGGUGUUGGUCGUGGUCGUGGUCGUCGUAAACCACGCGGUGAAAAUACAGGUCGAGGACAUAAUAAAACGGUAAGUCCAACGAUUGUAGAUAGUACAGUUGAACCACCAUCAUUUGAAAUGGCAGCAGCAGCUGCUGCUGCAUCAGCUACUGGGAAUAAAAUUUCAAGUGGUGAUACUACUAAUACAACAACAGAUAAUGACAAACCUUAUCAAAAGUACCUGUAAUAUAUUUAAAAAAUAAAAGAAAGAUAAAAUUUUAAUUUAAAAAAAAAGAAAAAUUUUAUAUAAUAUUUUUAUUUUCUAUUUAAUAAUUAUUUUUUUUUAUUCAUAAACGGUUCUUUGUUUUUCGGUUAUUCGGAGGCAAAAAAAAAAAUUAAAUUAAAUAUGGGCACUAAUAAUUUUUUGUGAAUAAUUUUUUUUUUAUAAAUUAGAAUUAGAAAAUAGAGUAGCUACCUAUAUUUGUAAAACCGUAAAAUUAUCUUAAAAGCAGGGCGUUAAAUUUUUCUUACUAUGAUUUCGUGUUUUUUUUUUUUUGAGAAAAAACAAGUUUUAAAUUAAUUCAAGUAAUUUUAAUUAAUAGUUUUUAUUUAUUUUGAAUUGUAAAUAAUUUAAAAAAAAAAACAAAAUUUA